AAAUCGAAACGAUCCGCCAUUAUGAACGAGUUUACGUCGCGCGGAAAGGACCUACUCCUGACGGUGGUGGACACCAACAGCGUGCAACACGAGGCAACCGGUCCGGCAGGGAGACAGGCACCGUCGUCGGGCCGUAGCGGGAAAGAUCUGCUCGACGAGUCUUACCAGCGGACGAAGGAGCUGGCGAUGAACAUUUCGGCGGUCCAGCGGGCCGUAUUAGCCUCCCAGCAGGCCCGGUUACAAGCGGCGGCUGCAACGACGACGGUACCGGCACCUGGCGGUCGGCAGAACUCGAACCCGGACAUCCAGGACAUCAUCACCGGGAUCGUAAAGCUGCUCAACGGGAACGUGAACGUGCAGGCCAAUCCGCAGCCCACGCGACGCCAUUCGGCCACGCGCAUCAACAACCGUGGUCCGCCACGUAUUUCCGAGGCCCAACCCCUACCGAACGAGUACGACGGGGAACUGACACCCCCGACCUCCCAGAGACCGCUGCUACAGCCCCACGAGCAACCACCGCCGGAUCAUCCGCUCGUGCGCCCGUUCUUGACCGGUGUUCCCAUCCCCGAACAGAUCGUACCCUCGAUGCAGCACCCGUACCGGCCCGGCUUUGUGUCCCAGAACCGGCCCCCUUGGCAGCGGCCCAAGCCCCGGCCACCGAUCUCACCCAUUCGGCGACCAAUCCCACCGUACAAACCGUACCCAACCAACGUCGAUUAUCGACCGGAUGUGGGCGAACCGCAAAGCCUGCCGGGUCAGGCGGUUCCUCCGCCACCACCGCAAGCGCCACCACUCACCAUCCCCACGUCUGGUAACGAUCCGGGCAACGCGAUCGAUAACGUCACCGAGAAGGUGAUCGAAGAUCCGCCCUACGAAUUGGCGCCUGGUCCGACGACUGAGGCGGACGAAGACGUAACCGCGGCGACCGAAUCGGCUGCAACCCUGGCACCGGCGGAAGAGCCGGCCACGGAGGUCCAGUACACGAUCGAAUCGGCCACGAGCGCCGCCAGCGUGAUGCCGCCUCCGGGAGCGCACGAUCCGGAAGUGGUGCCAAGCGUUUACGAGAUCAACUCGAUCGAGUACCUGCCUUCGAGCGGAACCCUAGAGCCAUCGCCGACAACAACGACCACGCUGACGACCACCACCACCACGACAUCGAGCACUACGAUCGAUCCAUCGAGCGAUCGGGAUCGAUACGAGAUCACUUCAACUCCGACACUGGGCACUCCCGACACGACAACGAUCACGAGCACACGAACGACUUCGGAGACGACCACCACAUCCAUCGUCCCAACGAGCACCCAGGAUGCGGCGACCGCGGCUACGAGCAAACCGACAACCCCGGACUAUCGCUUCCAACCCCGACCCGGUCUCGUGCUGGACGAUCCCGACUUCAAACCGGGUGGAAGCGGUGGCGGUGCGUCCGGUUCCAGUAACGUCAUACGCACCCAACACUUGCCCCCGUUCAACAGCAACAAGCGGCCCGAAAUUUACACCGCUCCGGCGCUAGGUGGCGCCACCGGGUCCAAUGUCCGCCCAAGCUACGGCGAAAUCUUCGACGUGACCCUGUCCGCCAUCCAAGGCCCGGGUGGCUCGGGAGGCGCCGGCUCACAGCAAACGAUCAAGAUCAACCCGUACUACAACCAGCGACCCCGUCCGGGUGAGCUGCAGCCGGCUGGCGAUGCCAGCAUCAUCCUGUCCGCGUCCGGUACCGAUGGGUUCGUGUCGAUCGACGGUAAACGAUCCUACAUCGAUCUGUUCGGGACGGACAAAAAGACGCUCCGGCCAACGCCAACCGUUCAACCGACGGCCGGUGGCGUCGUGCGGCCAACGGACGUGCGGCCCAAACCAACGAAGGUACCACCGCUGCAGCCGGGCAUCAUCGGGACGGGAUAUGCAGUGCCCGAAACAGAGUCGCCGGUUCAUGCGACUGGCGGUGGUGGUGGCAGUGCCGGAGGUCCUCCCGUACAUCGAGGUUCCGCCGGGCUCGUACACGGCCAAAGCCGGCCAAAGUAUCCUCCCGGUGGGUUGCCACCGGUCCGCAUCGAUACGUGCAUCGUCGGUGAUGAUUCAACCUGCGACCAAGCGCAGAACGAACGCUGCCGAACGGAGAACGGAGUGUCAAGCUGCCACUGCCGGCCGGGGUACGCUCGCCGGAAGCACCGCGACCCGUGCCGCCGGAUCGUCUCACUGAUGCUGUCGAUGCGCGUGGACAAGAUCUACGAGCGGCGCAUCCACUGGGAUCCAUCGUUGGCUGACCGGGGCAACGAAAAGCACCAGCAACUCAGCUACGAGGCCAUUCGGGCGAUGGACUCCGCCAUGUCGAUGACUCCGUUCUCGGACGAGUUCCUCGAGGCACGCGUCAACGGUAUCUACACGAUCAAUCCGUCGUCGGCGGCGGCAUCGUCACCCGGCGGCGGCGUAGUGUACGUCAACUACACCAUCAAUCUGGACGAGAACGCCGAAACGCUGCGGCCAGCACUCCGGUCCGACAUCCAGCGCCAUCUGCUGGGUGUGAUCCACCGACGGAAUAAUAACAUCGGCAACUCGGCCCUGUACGUCGAGGCACCCACCGGGGCCGUCUCGAGUGUGCAGGACGUGGACGAGUGCACUUCGGACGAGCUGAAUGACUGCGACGAGGAAGCGCACUGCACCAACCUGUUCGGUACGUUCCGGUGCGAGUGCAACUAUGGCUUCCGGGACCCGUGGGCCGAUCAGCCGCAGCGGGCUGGGCGCGAGUGCCUGACCUGCCCGGAGUCGUACUGCAACAACCGGGGCACCUGCAGCUACGAUAAUGCCAACAAUCGGCAGGUGUGCAAGUGUCUCGGCAGCUACUACGGCACGCAGUGCGAGAUCGACGGGGAGGUGCUCGGCGUGGCCGUCGGCGCUUCGGUGGCCGCCGUCGUCAUCAUCGUCCUCACGCUCAUCUGUCUGGUCAUGUGGAGCCGCAAGUGGCAACGGGAGCACAAGAACGCCAUGGGCAGCCCGGUGUUUGGGUACCUCGGCAACGGGCAGGUCAAAACGCCCGUCAUGGGCCAGGCCCCGUACCAGGUGACGCUCGAGGACCGCAUGCGGUGGGCGCAGAUUGCGGACGUAAUGGCUCAAGCGAAUCAUUACGCGGUAAGCUACGAAGCUGAACCCGUCGGCGGCGGCGGACGACCAUCGUCGGCCAUGUUUGGCUACCCGAACCUGCAGACCAUCGGCAGCAUGAACACGCUCUCGCUGCACGGGACUCUGCCGAUGCACACCGGUACCCUGCCACCAGUCCCUUUGCCAAGAACGCUCGGCUUGCAUCGCAACGGUAUGCGGACGUUGGAAAACUCCAGCUCGAGCGAAGAGGAGGAUCGGGCCGAUCUGCUGGGUCGUAACUUCAACGUACCGCGGCCUAAAAGUCGUAGCAAUGCGAGCGUUACGUCCGGUAUCUACUACGACGUGGAUUACGCACCGACCGGCGCUGAGCAGCUGUACGGCGGCGGAGGCAGCACGCUCGGGGCCGGGCUCGGAUCGGUGACCGGUGGCAUCGGCCAGGCGGCCAGUGGUACGACCAAAUCGCAAAGCAGCAUACCAAUGAGCACCUACACCUCGAGCGGUCGGCCAGUGCAGUCCACGUACUACAAGUGA